AUGCUUCAGGCAAAGCGAGGCUUUCUGCUUCUUUCCGGCUCUCGUCAGCUUCGUGUCCCCUUUCCACAGGCCUGUGAAAUCUCCGUCUUCUGGAAGCCGCCUGGCCUCGUCUGGCGACUUUGGCUGCCUCGAGACAGCGACGCUGAACUAACCGGCUCCACCGGUGUUCGCCUCGUCUUUCGUUGGCUCAGUCUUGCCUCAAGUUCUGACGACCUGUGGAUGGAUCGAGUUAGGCCGUACGAGAUGCCAGAACAAAUCGUCGUCCAUCCAGUAGGACGACGAUUGAGUCGACUUGUUGCCUGGCAUGACCACCAGUUCGAGGCGCUAGCCAAUCAGAUUGUCCGGGGUACAGUUGUACGUUGUCGUCGUCCGGACGACCGAGAAGCAUCGGCAUCGACCCAGCCACUUAUGACCUGUGGUGCACCUGAAAGCCUCAGUAUUCGACCUGCAGAUCGCCGCAUCUUCACAGCAACUGAUAUUCUUCAUUGCCUGGCUUUUGAGGUGUCAGCCGAUUCGCCUCAAGUUCCUGUUAUCUGGACCUGGCGUCUCGGUCCGUUGCCAUCGAGCAGUGAAAAUCUUAAUGUGCCGCGUCUCCUUCGCGAUAGUCACUUCCGGUUGCAUCAGUUACCGGCGCCCGGUUACUAUGAAUACCGUUGUAAUGCCAGUCUGACCUGUGGACGAAUGAGACGAAGUUUCACGGUCUGGCGUGAUAUCGCUUUUAUCUACACUGGCGAUCAGACGAGCCGGCAGGUUCUGUUGUCGGCAGAACUGAAGCCGCGUCUGAUGCUGCCUGGCGACAAUCUUCAACUCAACUGUCAGACUGAUUUGAGUCUGGGCCUUGAGAAAACCGGAGUUGUUAAACGUAAUCUAGUCUUUCACACGUACCAUUCAUCCUUUGAAUUGGCCCAACUGGAGGCGGCUAAUGAAGUGUUGCUAACGCGAGAUCGGCAUCAGACGACCUGGUCGACGGGACGCCUUCGAGGCCGGAUUUUUGUCACGCAUCACCGCCUAGCGCCACUCUUUCGAGUCGACCUCUUUCCGGUCGCCUGGGAGGACUACGGCUACUACGGUUGCGCCACUGAAUUAGCCCCAAAUACGGGGUUGGUUAAGGUGAGAGACUCUAUGAGCUGCAUAUUUUGGGCUUUUAUGAUGUCUUUUCUCAAAUCAAACCAUGCAUGCACUUUUUUUUAA